AUGCCAUUCGGCUCACUCUCAGUAUCCAACACAGCCAUUCCACAGUAUGCUCCUGCAUAUCCUAUGAAUGGCAGCGACUACACAAGUGAAACUGUUCUCACUGUUACCUACCAAACGUCUGUGCAAUGUGUGCGCCAUCUUGUGCCCGACAUGCUAGAGCUCGAAAACGAGCCAGAGGUAUCAGUAAUGCUUUUGCAGCACACAAUGUCCUCAUUUGGUCCAUACAAUGAGUAUGUUCACUCUGUCAAAGUCAAAUAUAAUGGCGACGCAUUUGAUUUCUUCCUUUCCCUCAUCCUAGACAAUGACUCACCAAUAUUGUGCGGCCGCGAGCAAUUCGGCUUCCCCAAGAAGUUAGGAAACGUGGCGUUGACAUUAAAAACCGGAUCGCCGGUUGUUCAUGCCUAUAUGGAGAGACCAGUUGGCCAAAAGAUUGUUCAAGUUGGUUUCCAGCCUGAGCAGAAAGUAUAA